AUGGCGGAUGUGCGCGUCUCCCGCAACCGCGACAGCGACCAUGGACGGGCUGCCGUCGCGGAAUCCGCGCAUGACACGUCCGCGGCUAUUCCGCGUCAAGACCAUCACGCUGCCGCGCAUCAUCGUCAGUGCGAAAGGCCAUUCGACCAGCGUCAGGUGCCGCACGCGCUGCCGCAACAGCCCCCGCAGACGUUCCACCAGCAGCAGCAGCAGCAGCAGCAGCAGCAGCCGCAGCCGCAGCAGCAGGAGCAGCAGCAGAAGGAGGAACACGCAGGCUUCGGUUUUCGCCCAUGUGGACCCCAGCCGCCGCCGGCGCCGCCGCUGACGGUCGCAGCGACUGCGACGGCCAGGAGCGCUUUGGACGUAGCGACAGGCCCCGCAGCAGUCGGAGGACUGACUUCAAGUGGCGAGAUUUGCGCCUCGGCCUCUCUCAGGCUGCCCCGGAAUCUGCCCGCUCCCCCGUUCGCCACAAUCCCCUCCGCCUCAUCCAUCUCCUUCUCCGCUUCUCAGGACAAACCACUCGCAUUGCGCCUCCCUGCCGGCGCCCCCGGCACCGCCGCCGCAUAUCCCCGCGCUGCGGCCGCCACGGGCGCUUCUGUCGCGGCUCCGUCAUGCACGCCUUCGAUAUACUCGUCAAGCAACUCGUCUCCCUCCGCGUCGCUCCCGCUCUCCACACCCACUCCCGUCGCGGUCCCCCCCGUUUCCUCCCCCCCGCCGCACCCGUCCGCCGUCGAGUCCGCCGUCGCGCCCUCCGGAGGAACAUCUAUUUGCGCCAUUUCCCGCCAGCGCCUCUCCCGCUGCGCCGACGGAACAUCCGCGAGAGGUUCCGCCAGCGGCGCAGGCGUCAGCGAUGGCGGCGGCGGUGCAGCGCCGGCGAAUCGUUCAGCGUCGUUCUCGUCGGCCAGUGCUGGGUCGCUGACCGUCGCAGGGACGCAUGCGACGCACGCGACUCAGGCGACUCAUGCGCACGCGAACGCUGGGGGAGCGCUGGAAGAACCAACCACUGCUGCUACAACCGGCGGAGCUGCUACAGCCGGCGCAGGUGCUACAGCCGGUGCAGCCAGCGGAGCCGGUGCAGCGGUUACAGCGGACGCGUGUGGCAGCGGCACUGCUUCUGCUGCCGCCCAGGCGUCAGGUGCUGCCGCCCACGCACCAGGAGCUGCAGCGACUGCUGGUGACUCAGCUCCAUCGAGUAAAGGCGGCGGACGAGGCGGAGGGGGGGGCGGGGGCGGAGGGGGGGGAAGAGGGAGGGGCGGGAAGCAGCAGAACAAGGAGGUGAGAUCGGCGCGGGUGAAAGCGGAGGUGGUGGAGGAGGAAGGAGGGGGGGACGGGCCGCUGGGGCCGGUGGGGAAGCAAGGGGAGGUGGCAGGAGGGGGUAGAGGCAGCAAGAGUAGAAGUCGCAAGGGAAAGGCGAGUGCUGCUGGCGCUGGUGCUGCUGAUGCUGGUGGUGAUGCCGCCACUGCUGAUGCUGCAGCGGAGCAGCAACAACAGCAGGUGGAGGCAGCAGCAGGAGGGAGUGGCAGCGGGAGAGGCGGGAGAGGCAUCAACGUGGGGAUACGGCGGCGAUCAGCCAAGAGCAAGGCGCAUGGAGGUGGAAAGGGAGGCGCUGGUGGUGCCAAUGGUGGUGCCAAUGGUGGUGCUGAUGGUGAUGAGAGUUGCUUGGAAGCGAAAGGAGGAGGCGGUGCGAAGCAGGGGCAGCGGGGGAAAGGCAGGAAGGGAAAGGCGAAGGCUGCUGCGGACGAGCAGCAGAGGAACGAGGGAACAGAAGGGGACGAUUCAAAGGAGCAGGCAGAGGAGGCGGGGGAGGGAGGUGGUAAACGCUCGGCGGCAGGAAAAUCGGGCCGGAAAGGAGGAGGCUCAGCUGCUGACGCUCGCAGCAGGGACGCUCGUGCUGCCGCUGCUGCUGCUGCGGUUGCCGCUGUUGCUGCUGCUGCUAAGAAUAAGAAUGUUGGCGGCAGUGCGACCACAAGCGGGGACCACGAUUAUCACUGCGACGACGACGACGAGGUGGGGAACGGCGAGGAGGAGAACGAUGGAAAGGAGGAGAACGAGGAGAAUGAGGAGGAGGACGAAGACGCGUUGGGGCGCAUGACCCAGGAGCAGAUCGAGGCUCUAGAGGUGCGCUUUCAGCAGAACCGGCGGCUGGAUACAGCAAGGAAGCUGGUGCUAGCGGGGGAGAUCGGCGUGCGGCCGCGGCAGGUGUCUGUGUGGUUUCAAAACCGGCGCGCGCGGUGGCGGCAGAAGAAGAAGGAGAGUGAUUUGAGUGCGAUGCAGAGGGAGUAUGCGCGGUUGAAGGUGGCGCGGGAGCAGCUGGGGGAGGACUAUGAGCUGCUGAAGAAGGACUAUGAGGACCUGCUGCUGCAUAAUGCUGCGCUGCAUGAUAAGGUGGACGAUCUGAUGGCGCACCUAGUGCAGCAUGGCAUGCUAUCCGCCUCCACCUCCUCCUGCCUGCGAGACGCUCUCCUCACAGCCGGCCCCCUCUCUCCCGCCAACACCACCACCAGCCCCCUACCUCUCCCCAGCGACGCCGCCACCACCCUGCCUGCCGCCGAGCCUAGCGCGCAGGCCUGGGCGGCCGCCACAGCUGCUGGCUCGGCAGCCACCUUGGGGGUGGGUGGUAGGGGCGCCCCGUCCCCCUCUGCUGCUGCUUCUGCUGUGGCGUAUGGUGCCGGUGGCGGCAUGUGGGGAAUGGGAGGGGUAGGAGGAGGAGCAGACGGAGAAGAAGGAGGGAUAGGAGGAGGAGUGGGAGGAGAGGAGUGGGUAAGCUCCGGAGAACUCGACCCAGACCUUUUCAACCCCUGCCCGCCCACCAGCCCCGGCAGCAGCAACCACCACCUAGCCUACCCGUGCAGAUGUAGUCCUACGAGUGGUGCUGCUGGUGGGUCGGCUGCUGGUGGUGGUGGGUAUGGGUCAGCACUGGGUGGGUACCCUACAGCAACGUCUCUCUCGUCGUCUCCUGCGUUCAGUGUUGCUGCUGCUGCUGGGUGGUGUAGCGAGUCUCUCGGGAAGGCGGAAGAGGAGGAGGAGGAGGCGGAGGAGGAGGAGGAGGAGGAGGAGGAGGAGGAGGAGGAGGAGGAGGAGGAGGAGGAGGAGGAGGAGGAGGAGGAGGAGGAGGAGGAGGAGGAGGAGGAGGAGGAGGAGGAGGAGGAGGAGGAGGAGGAGGAGGAGGAGGAGGAGGAGGAGGAGGAGGCGGAGGAGGAGGCGGAGGAGGAGGAGGAGGAGGAGGAGGAGGAGGAGGAGGAGGAGGAGGAGGAGGAGGAGGAGGAGGAGGAGGAGGAGGAGGAGGAGGAGGAGGAGGAGGAGGAGGAGGAGGAGGAGGAGGAGGAGGAGGAGGAGGAGGAGGAGGAGGAGGAGGAGGAGGAGGAGGAGGAGGAGGAGGAGGAGAAGAAGAAGAAGGAUCUACUCCCAUUCCCAACUAUUUCUUCCCGGCCUCCUCCAGCUGCAGGAUUGGGUGGCGCAUGUGAGCCGUACACGCUGCAAGAAGAGGAAGACAUGGUUCCAACACAGCGCAUGCACCCUCCGUACCAGCGUCGCCAGCAGCACCAGCAGCACCAGCAGUGCCAGCAGCAGCAGCAGCAAAUCGUGCAGCACCGCAAUGAGCAGCAGGUGUACGAGCAGCAACAGGAGCUGGUGAGUCUGUUCGGGGAGAAGCACGAGGAGGGAGAAGAGCAGCUAGUGCAGGCGGGGCAAGGCGCUGGGUGCGUGCAAAGGCGAGUGCAUGAGGAGCAGUGGGCGCGGGGACAAGCGCAGAGGGAGCAGGAGGAGCAGGAGGAGCAGGAGCAGGAGGAGCGGCAGCUGAUGCAGGAAUGGAGUCAGUGGCAGGAGAGGCACGGGGCGGAGGGGGAGGAGGAGACGCAGUACUGGGAUGGGGUGCAUGCUCGUGGCAUUCAUGCACACACUGGCAACAUCGAUGGUACAGAGGCUGCUGGAAGGAUGAGCAAUUAUCGUGUGCAGAUUCGGCAGCAGCAGCAGCAGCAGCAGCAUGAGCAGCAGCGGCAGCAGCACGAGAAGCAACGGCAGCAGCAGGUGUUUGCACCUCUGGUGCAGCGCUCUAGCUCUGCACCUUCUCCGCCCACACCUUCCCCACACAUCCUAUCCUCCAGUGCCAGCCGCAGCAGUGCCACCGGCAUCUAUAGCACCAUGACUGCUGCUGCCGCUUCUGCUGUCGCCGCUGCUGCUGCUGCUGAUGAUGUUGCAGGGCUUUGCAGCUCGGAGCAAGAACGCAGCGGUGGGUCUGAGGGAGGUACGGAGGGCUCGCAGGGAAAGGAGAGCCUGGGCGGGAGCAGGGAGGGUAGCAACAGUGGUGGUUGUGCUGCUGAUAUCGUGCCACCGCAAGGAAGCCCCCCUCUCAGCCGUGAUAUGCAGCUGACUGAAACUGCUUCAUUCUGGCCCGCGCCACUGUGUGGCGGGGAGAAUGAUCCCCACGCAGGGGUAGGAGAAGCGUUUGCUAAAUCUGGUGGGGAUGCGAGGAGCUCUGUGCGUGAUGUGCUUGCGCCCCUUCCCCCCCAGGAUGCAGGUUGCCAGCUUGGACAUGGGGGGCAUCUGGACUUAAACUUGCUGGGUUUUCCUACUCCACCUGCCUCUCCAGGCUUUGAUGGGGCAGCCAGGACUGAGAUAGAGAACGUGGGUCCUACUCAGGAAGCUGAAGGGAUAGUCCACCCGGUCUCGGACGAUCCGCCGUCUGCGAGCAAGCAGAAACGUCUCGACUCAUGUUGCGGUUCAUCGCAAACCCUCCCGGAUGAUCCGCCGUCCGCCAGCAAGCAGAAGCACCCGCCGCGCCGCAGGAGCAUCUUGCGCCGGCUAGGCGCCGCCGUGGAUCACGGGAUUAACUACGUCUUUAGCGGGCUCGCGCGGGUGGUUGCUUUGCAUCCGAUUGCUGUGCUGGCGUUGACGAUCGGUGUGGGCGUGCUAAUGGCGUGCGGGGUGUUCAAGAUGACCGUUGAGACCAACCUGGAGGAGCUCUACACGCCGCAGGGCAACGUCGCCUUCCAGAACCGGGACUACGUGGAUUCGCUGUACGGCUACGAGGCGCUGGACGUGAAGGUAUUCGUGGUGUCCAAGGGCAACUCCAACCGCACGCUGCUCACCAAACCCGCGCUGCUCGCCCUGCUCGACGUUUACGAGCUAAUAACGAGCGUGAACGUGACGUACAACGGGUCGACGUUUAACUACGCGGAUCCGCGCAUCUGCUACCGGCCGGGCGGGCAGAACACGCCGUGCCAGGUGGUGAGCGUGCUGGACUACUGGGGCUACUCGCGCACGGCCAUUCAGCGCGAUAAGGACAUCAUGAAGACCAUCAACAACCCCUUCGUGCUCACGCGGUACGGGCAGCCAGUGCCGCAGGACUGGGUGGUGGGCGUUCAGACGAAGAGCGCGGAGUCGGGCGAGAUUGCGGAGGCCAAGGCGUUUCUGCUGACGCUGUUCGUGCAGAACAACAAGGGGUGCUCCGGUAGCAGCUGCAAGGACUACCUCGUCGAGGAGUGGCAGAAGGCCAUUGACGCGCCCGUCCGCGCGUAUUCGAGCGACGAGAUCGACGUGUAUCUGCUCUCCUACUGGGGCCAGCAAGCGGCGAGCGACAGCGCGCUGACCGCGGACGUGAACCUCUACUUCGUCAGCGCGUUCCUCCUGCUCGCGUACAGCGUGCUCAUCCUCUUCCGCCGCCACCCCGUGCACUCGCACUGCUACCUCGCGCUCGUCAACAUCGCGUCCGUGACGCUCGCCGUGCUGGGCUCGUACGGGCUCUGCAGCCUGUUUGGGUUGAAGUUUAGCUUGGUUACACAGUCGCUCGCGCUGCUGCUACUGGGGCUGGGUACGGAUGACAUGCUUGUGACCAUGGCGGCGCACGACGAGACGGCGCGCGACUUCCCGAACGCGUCCGUGGUGGACCGGAUCGUCGCGACGGUGUCGCGCGCGCGGCGCGGCGUGAUCGUCGCGGCGCUCACCAACUUCGUCGCGUUCUGCACAGGCAUAAUCUCGGAGCUGCCCGCGCUGCGCGAUUUCAUGAUCUACGCCGCCGUCGGCGUCGUCCUAGUCUUCGUCUUCCAAUCCACGCUCUACGUCGCGGCGCUCACGCUCGACCUGCGCCGGCAGCGCGCCAAUCGCAUCGACACGCUCUGCUGCCUCGUCAGCUCCGCCGGCCCCACCGACGGCUGCUGCGGCCGGCCGUACGAUCGGAACAAACCCGGGGUUGAUCAGACGGUCAUCGGCCACUGGCUUCCCGCGCUGAUCCUCCAUCCAAUCGGAAAGAUCUUCGUGGUUUUAGGGACGCUAGGGUUACUCGCGACUGGGAUCUACGGCGCGUUGAACGUGACGCAGAACUUCAACAUCGACUGGAUGGUCCCGGAAGGGACGUACGUGCGUGACGUGUACCGAAUCCGAUCUCAGACGUUCCCGCUCGCGUCGGGUCAGGGCGCGUUACCUGUGUACGUCUACACGACGAACCCGACGGCGACUUUCACGGCGGUUACCAACACUUCGUCGGGGUCGUCGCGACCCCAGGCGUGGGUCGCGCCGUCGUCCGCGGCGCCGAUGGACUAUUUUAAGAUGCAGGACGAGUUAGCGGCGCUGGGCGUGCGGCUGCAGGCCGACCCGUACGUGUCGUUCUCGCCGCCCGUGCAGUCGUGGUUCGCCAACUACCUCAUCUGGCUCUCCGCUUCGCCGCACGCGCCGCUGCUCGACGCCAACGGCCGCCCCCCCACGCCCGAGCUCUUCUACGAGUGGCUGCACGAGUUCCUGGGGUCCGUGGGGCGCCGCUUCCGCCUGGACCUGGUGUUCGACGCCAACAACAGCUCGGUGAUCCUCUCGUCGCGCUUCUUCGCCAUGACGCGCGGGCUCAACAGCAGCGCGCAGCAGGUGGACGCCAUGAACUCGAUCCGCGCGACUGCCUCUGCCGCCGCGCCCACGCUCUCCGCCUUCGCGUAUACCUUCCCGUUCAUUUUCGUUGAAGGCUACGCCGUGAUUCAGCCCGACACAGUCCUCGCAAUCGCCAUUGCCGGCGCGGUGGUGUUUGGAAUCAUGCUGCUGCUGCUCGCGGAUCUGACGUGCAGCGUGCUGGUGGCGGUGAUGGUGGCGGCGAUAGGGGUGGAGCUGGUGGGGUGCUUGUUCUGGUUCGGCCUGGCGUUUAAUUCGGUGACGUCCAUCACGCUGCUGCUCGCCAUUGGGAUUGCCGUGGAUUACUCGGCCUUCACCGCCUUCUCCUUCCUCUCCCAGGUGGGCACGCGGCAGGAGAGGGCGAGGAGGGCGCUGAACCACCUGGGAGUGGCGGUGUUCAACGGGGGCUUCUUCAUGUUCCUCUCCAUCCUCCCGCUCGCCCUCGCCAAGUCGUUCGUCUUCCAAACCUUCUUCAAGAUGUUUUCUAUGAUUGUGGUGCUUGGUCUAUGGCACGGCCUGUGCACUCUACCAGUGCUGCUCUCACUCUUCGGCCCGCCUCCAUUUGAAACUUCUGUAGAGGCGCACCAACUGCAGCUACCCGCAGCAACGUCUUCGGCCCGAGUGGCUGAUGCUGUCAUGCCAGAUGAACUGCCAGGUGUUUCUUCAGGUGGGUCUGCUUGCAGCGGCGCCAUAAUGCUGUCUGCUGCUGUCUCACCUACUGGGACCCCUACAGAUACUACCGCUGCAGAGGCAGAGACAUCUACGGAAAUCGCUGCAGACACAGAGACGCUUGCAGGGGCCCCUGGAGAGUCGGCAGCGGGAAUCACGGGCGCGCACCAGCCCCCGCGUUCAUCCACUUCGUACACACCUUUUCCUACUCCCGCUUCGCCCACCGCAUCAUCAAUACACGCCUCCUCGAUUGUGGUCGUUUCCCCUCCCGCCGCGUCUCUCACCGCGUCCUCCGUGCCCGCCUCGUCAGCCUUCUCCUCCAAUCCCCACUCAGCAGCACCAUCCGCCUCCUCGAACUCGCUUUCCGCAUGGUCGCCAUGGCGCCUCGUCACCUUCUUCACCUCUUUGCGCUCCCCAUCCCUUCCGUACGACGUCCGUACCUCCGAUCGCCUGCUCGCGCCGCUCCCUCUCCCGCCCGAAACGAAGCAAAACAUUUUCGCGCUGCGGCACCCGGUCAGCGGCGCGGUCGUCUACGUCGUCCCCACGACCUUCCUCUCGCGGCAGUCCGAGCAGGACACGUGGCAGGUGAUCUCGGCGGUACGGCCUGACGUGGUGGUAGCCCAGGUGUCUCUAUAUGACCGGCUGCUGCUGAUGGAAGGGGAGUUAGGGCGAUUGCCAGUCAGAGACGAGCGGAGGGGAGGGGGAGAAAGGGGAGAGAUACUGCGCAUAUGCGACAAAGGAGGAGCGGGGGAGGGAGACGGCUGGGGACAAGGGGGGGCAGACGGGGAAGGGGAAGAGGGAGCAAGGGUUAGAGGCGAAGGAGGUGGGGAAGGAAGGAGUGAAACGAGCCGAGACGAAGGGGGACAGACGGGCAGAAAGAGAAUCAGACAAGCAGCAGCAGGAGAAGCAGUACGAGCAUCAGCAGACGCAGGAGCUACAACAGCAGCGACAGCUGGGUUAGAGCAGCAGCAGCAGCAGCAGCAGCAGCAGCAGCAGCAGCAGCAGCAGCAGGAGCAGCAUCAACGGCAAGUGCAGCAGCAGGUGCAGCAGGGGGGAAAAGGCCAGGUACCAGAGACACCAGCAGGCGUGGUGGCGUGUGCGGCGCUCCAGCACGUGGACAGCGCGAGCAUGCGGCGGUGGGGAGUGCAACACGUGAUAGAGACGAUCUUUGGCGCGCAUGUGGCGGGCCCCCUUGCUGCUGCGCGCUGCCUCUCCGCCGCCCAUGGGUCUAAGCUUCUGUACCUGGUGGAUCCUGGGCUGGGGGGAGGCGGAGAAGGCGCGGGCGGAGUGGGAACAGGGGGAGGGGGAAGGGGAGGGGGAGGGGAUGGGAGUGAGGGGGGCGCAUGGGAGGGAGUGGGGAGGAAGGGGUCAGGGAAGCGGGUUGGGGUGGGGUGGGGGGGAGGUGGAGGCGGCAGGAUGGGAGUGCAGGCACAGCUUUUGCCAGGUGGUGCAGGUGUGGUAGGUACCGAAGGGGGGUGUGAAGGGCAGAAUGAGAGGGGUGCGCAUGCAGUGGAAUGUGGCACUCAGGAUUGUGCGUGGCUAGGGAGUGAGGCGGAGAGGAAGGGUUUGGGUGACGGGAAAGGGAGGAGUGUGCAGGUUGUAGCAGUGGAUGGAAUAGCUGUUGGCAGUGUCUCCCCUAGAAAGAUGCCCAUUAGUGAUGGUUCCCGGGCAAGGGGAAGUAGUAAGAAGGAGCGUGCACGUGCACGUGCGUUCGACCUCUGCCUUUCCAGUCCCCGAUCUGCUGUGGCUUCAGAGUUGACUCAAAAGGCAGGAAGAGGGAGUGGUAGCAAGGAGCACGUUGCUGCUACAGCCGCUGCUACAACCUCUGCUGCAUCCGAGGCCAGCGUUUCUGGUCCGCCUGAUCUUGGCCCAGCAGUAGCAGAGCAUGGUGCGGAGGUUGGGAAGGAAAGGCAGGGAGAACAGGGGGAGGGGGAAGAGGUUGCGUGGGGGGACAGAGAGGUGGCGAAUGGGGUGCUGGCAGUGCUGUCUACGUACGAACGCGCGUUUGAAGGGAUGAAAGGGAUGAGGGAGGCUGCGGCCGCUGCCAGGCUGCUGCUGGCUGCUGCUGUGGUGGACGGGAGUGGGGAAGGGGAGAGGCAAGUGCAGGAGGGAGAGGAAAAGAGUGCAGCAACGUCCUCAUCACAAGCAGAUUCGUUACUGGCAGAGGCGGUGCUGCAUGUGCGGCUGUAUGGGCGCCUGGCAGACGUGAUUCGUGAGGUGCAGAUAGAGGAGGCACAAUCAGCCCCUGUGGACCCAUCAGAAUCUGUCUUCACGCGGCUGCGGCUGAUGGCUGGGACGACGGGUGGAGGGGGAAGAGGGGAAGGAGGGACUUUUGAGUCGACUCAAAAGUCGAUUCGUGAGCUGCAGAUAGAGGAGGCACAAUCAGCCCCUGUGGACCCAUCAGAAUCUGUGCUCACGCGGCUGCGGCAGCUGGAUGGGACGAUGGGUGGCACGAGGCGGAUGGGAAGAGACGCUGUGCAGGAGAAAGCUUCAGGUGCCGCUUCGUCUGGGAAAGAACGAGUAGUGGAAGGGGAGGAGAAGGAGCAGGAGCAGGAGCAGCAAGGGGCGAUGAGAGGGAGGGACGGGAACCGUGUACCAGGAGAUGGAAGACUGGUAGUGAAACGACAGGGAGAAGCAGCACAGGGAGUGAGAGCAACAGCUGAUCCUGAAGAAAAGGCUGCCGCUGCUACUGCUGCUGCAUUGCCAGUGUCUGGUGCGCACUCGGCACUGGUGGGGCUGCAGCAGCUGUUGGAGCUGAGCAGGGAGGAGCAGCAGGAGGUGCUGCUGGUGCAGGCUAUAGAGAGCGAAGCAGCAGCGCUGCAGCCCGGUCAGGCCAUGGUUGUCACUUUGUCCACAUCGCUCCUCCCUCUCCUGCGCCGCUCAUGGCCUGCUGCUGCUGCUGCUGGUCGUGUGAACCCUGUAGCACCAGGAGCAGUACCACCAGCAACAGCAACAGCAGCAGCUCCAGCAGCAGCAACAGCAGCAGCAGCGGCAUCCCUGGGCCUGUCUUCGAGUCUGCGAGCAUUGGCUAGAGAGUGUCUCAUACCAGCGCAUCUCUUUGAAUCCCACGCUGCUUCCGCUGCUGCUGGAAGAGGCUCUGACCACGCUUUUGCUGCGCUCUCUCCCGCAACAGCCAGUGGUGUCAGUGGCAGCGGCAGCAGCAGCGGCAGCGGCAGCGGCAGCGGCAGCGGCGCUGGCAGUACUGCAGGAGCGGCUCAUAAGGCGUCUGCCUCCUCACUGGCAGCAGCAGGCGCAGGAGCGGGAGCGGCUCUCAUCCUCAUCACCUUCUCCUCUCUCUCCAAAACCCUCUCCCUCUCCGCGCUGCUCAAGCUGUUCACCUUAAAAGCCGCCUCGAUAGCAGCAGGAGGAGCCAAGGGGAAGCUGUUCUCCUUCCUCAUGCACCGCCUGGUGACAGCAGCAGGGAUGAAAGCGUCUGCUGCUGCGGUCACAGGGCCGCUGGGAGCCAAGCUGGCGCUUCUAGCAGGGAAGGUGGGUCUACAGGGGAAGAUCGCAGCUGUGGGGAUUGGAAAAGCUGGGGCUAUGGCAGGCGGCUCUGCUGCUGCAAGUGCUGCAAGUGCUGCGAGUGCUGCGAGUGCUGCUGGUGCUGGAAAGGCUGCAGUGGCUGCUGCUGGUGCUGGGAAGGCGGUGGCGGCUGCUGCUGCUACCGGAGCAGGGAAGCUGGCGGGUUCGGCUGGGCUUGUGGCAGGGACUGGGAAGGUGGCUGGAGGGUCAGCGGUAGUGGCGGCAGGAGCUGGGAAAGCAGCAGCAGCUAGCGCUGGUGCUGUGGGGAAGGCAGCAGGUGCGGCAAAAGCAGUGGGUGCUUCAGCUGCUACUGUGGGCAAGGUAGCAGUGGGUACGCAGCAGCAGGUGCAGGGGCAGCAGGGCAGUGCAGCGGUUGCUGCUGGCUCAGCUGUUGUCUUGACCACAGCAGAAGCAGCGUCUGUUCCUGUUGCGGCUGGUGUGGGUUCUGUGAAUGGGGCUGCAACCACAGCAGCAGCAGGAGUAGCAGGAGUAGCAGGAGUAGCAGGAUCAGCAGGAGCAAUGGGAGCAGUGGGAGCAGGGCCCGAGCAGAGCACACAGAUCCUCACCAGCUCAGGUAGCAGCACCCACCUACUCACCUCAGCACCCACCGGAACCGCUCUCAACCCAGCAGUAGCCGGAGGAGGAGACUCAGCCAGACCAGCAGGAGGGCGAGUGGCCCUCUGGCUGCAGCAGCAGGGGCGGAACCUAAGAGAAGGGCUGGCCAGUGCUGCAACUGAAGGGACCAACGACCGAGCGUGGCUGACACUCGGCGCGACAAUCGGAACAGUGGCUCUGGUGACAGCGUAUCAGGAGGAGAUUCUGUAUGGGGUGGCAGUGCUGCCUGAGGCCCAGGGGCUGGCGCGUGUGGGGAGGGGCGUGCGGCGCGUGAGGGAGGUGGUUGAGGCGUCUCGACCGCCAGGGUACAAGCUGGAUGAGUUGGGACGGGUGGAGUCUUGA